AUGUCGGUCACAACUACCACCAGCGUCGGGCGGACGAUCCUGACAAUGGAUUCGGCAUACGGCACAAUCCAACGCAGCGUAUCAACUGCGCCGCCACGGGAAGCGACGCGUGAAGAGAUCCCCCUCAUUGACGUGAGUGGCAUUUACAGCGAGAACAUCGAGGAUCGCAAGGCCGUGGCAACCCAAUUCAGAGACGCGGCCAUCAACACCGGCUUCUUCUACAUCAAAAACCAUGGUGUCGAUUCCGAGCUCAUUGACAAUGCAUACCAAAACGCCCUGAGAUUCUUCCAUCAGCCCGAAGAGAUCAAGAAACGAAUCAGUAAAGACAAGUUCAAGUUCUUCAACGGAUAUUCAGCCAGGUAUACAACUCACGGCAACAAGACGGAGUCGACAGACCGCAAAGAGCAUAUUGCGUUUCAAUAUCAGCCAGAACUCGACCCCGCAUAUGACUCUCUGCCACAUCCCAUCCCGCUAUCCAUGAUUCCAGAAGAGAUGCAUCCUUGGUUGAAGGGAGAGCCCGAGAUCUGGGAGGGUGUUUCGAACCUCCCAGGUUUCAAGGAGGCGUGGGUAGCUUACUACCGCAGCUGCCUCACCCUUGCUCGGAGCAUGACUCGUACUUUCGCACUGGCAUUGGAGCUCCCCGAGAACUACUUUGACGAUAUCGUCACCUAUCCCGGCGCCGAUGCCACUAUCGCCUACUACCCUGGAGCCGAGCCGGGCGAGAAGGUGGAUCUCAGCCCACAGAAUGUCGGCUUGGGAAGCCAUACGGACAACACGGGUUUCACGCUCCUAUGGCAGGACAUGGUUGGAGGUCUGUUGGUGCUCAACCGAAAGGGGGAAUGGAUCAAGGCAUCCCCAAUUCCCGACACUUUUGUCGUCAACAUCGCCGAUUUUUUCCAGCGCAUGACCAAUGAUCGAUGGGUCAGUACGGUUCACAAGGUUGAGAUCAAUAGGUCGCCCGAGCCCAGAAUAUCAAUGCCUUUCUUUUUCGGUGAGAACCCUUCUGCUUUCUCCAGAUGCCCUUGUUGUCCCAAUGCUGUUUACAACGUUGUUCUGGGACUCCCAACUGACAUGGGCGCACUUGCUAGGCUUCAAUCUCAGCGCUACUUGCGGCGUCCUGCCAUCAUGUGUUACUCCAGAAGAACCUGCCAAAUACGAACCAAUCUCCUGCGGAGAGGUAAGACCCCGAUCCAUGACCUUGUGCCCCUGGUCUCUGGCAUAUAG